AUGGACGCUCUUGAGUUGGAGUCGUCCAAGCAGAGCCCUGCGCUCCAGACGGCGAAAGACCUUUUCUCUGGCGCUGUUGGAGGAGUCGCACAGGUCUUGAUUGGCCAACCUUUUGACAUUGUCAAGGUCCGACUCCAAACAUCAAACCAAUACUCCUCCGCCAUCAAUGCCGCCACAACCAUCUACAAGAACGAGGGCGCCCUAGCAUUCUAUAAAGGAACACUCACGCCGCUCAUCGGUAUCGGUGCUUGUGUUUCCGUUCAAUUCGGCGCUUUCAACGCUGCCAAGCGCUGGUUCCAAGAACGCAACAAUGGCGCUGAACUUUCUUACCCCCAGUAUGGUGCCGCGGGUGCCUUUGCCGGUAUCUCCAACUCGGUCCUCUCCGGCCCCAUCGAGCACAUCCGUAUCCGUCUUCAGAGUCAACCUCACGGCGCUGGUCGCCUGUACAGCGGCCCUGCGGACUGUGUACGUAAACUCGGAGCGCAUAACGGUGUUCUGAGCGGUAUCUACCGUGGCCAAUGUGUGACUAUCUGGCGAGAGGCAUUCGCCUAUGGCUCUUGGUUCACUGCUUUUGAAUACAUGAUGAACUCCGACGCUGCCCGCAACAAGGUCGACCGCAAGGACAUCCCUGCUUGGAAGAUCGCCGUUUACGGUGGUCUUGCUGGUGAGGUUCUCUGGCUCUCCAGCUACCCCUUCGACGUGAUCAAGAGCAAGAUGCAAACCGACGGCUACGGCGCCAACCAGCGAUACAGCACCAUGAGAGAUUGCUUUUCCAAGACAUGGCGUGCUGAGGGUGCUGGUGGUUUCUUCAAGGGUAUCGGACCUACUCUGGCUCGAGCCAUGCCCGUCAGCGCAGGUACCUUUAUCGUUGUCGAGAUGACCAUGCGAGCUCUCAACAGCUAA